AUUUCUCAACUGCCGGCUCGCUUUGAGAAAGGACACAAUCUGAACACCCUGGCUAGAGUGUAAUUUUUUUUUUAAUAUCGGAUACGCUCUGCUCUCAUAUCGGAGCGACCCACCUCCUGUGAGUGAUGAGUGAUGCAAGACCCAUCUGUCCAUCGGCCAAGUCGGCGGUUCUCGGCAAGAUAUACGGGUUGCAGGAUUCUAUUCUAUUUAUUUUCAUACCUGUCUUAUAUCAAGGAUGCCCUCUUUUUUUUUGAACUGCCUUUCACUAUAGUGAAAGCCCUAAUCACCAUGGACAUCUUGAACUUACUGAACAUAACAGACCUUUCUUGGCUCUGGAGACGCUUUACAGGGGGCAUUUCAAGAUUGUUGCACAGAUCUGGAAUACAUUCACCUAGUAGUGCCCUUCAUACUUGCUAGACUACGCAAGGAAGGGCUAGUUUUACUUCUUCGCAGCCGGACUGCACGUUUUGGGAUUCUUGCAGCAGUCUCGCCUCCACACAAACAGCUG